GGCACCGGCCCGGGGGCCCCCGCCCGUCCCUGCAAAGUGGUACGGCCCGGCCGGGGUAAAAGCCCGAGGGAGGCGACGCACCCCGCGGCGACUGAGCCUGGCGAUGGGGCUGCGCGCGGGAGGAAGGCUGGGCGGAGCGGGAGCGGGGCGCGGGGCGCCCGAGGGACCCGGGCCCAGCGGCGGCGCGCCGGGCGGCAGCAUCCACUCGGGCUGCAUCGCCGCGGUGCACAACGUGCCGCUGAGAGUUCUCAUCCGGCCGUUACCGUCCGUGCUGGACCCGGCCAAAGUGCAGAGCCUUGUGGAGACCAUCCGGGAGGACCCAGACAGUGUGCCCCCCAUCGAUGUCCUCUGGAUCAAAGGAGCUCAAGGGGGUGACUACUUCUACUCGUUUGGAGGCUGCCACCGCUAUGCAGCCUACCAGCAGCUGCAGCGAGAAACCAUCCCUGCCAAGCUUGUCCAGUCCACCCUCUCGGACCUAAGGGUAUACCUGGGUGCUUCCACACCGAACUUGCAAUAGCAGUGUCCUUGGCACCUGUCACCACUCCCAGUAGCCCAGAGGACACUCAUGGCCUUCAGUGGGCUGGACCAUACAGACGGUGUAGCAGGGGUGCAUUUUCUUCUUCCUGGAAGGGGGGUGACUCUGAGCAUCCUCUUAGAAGGAAUCACCACUGAACAACAUGAGAGUGCCAGUUCCCACCUCUGUGAAAAUGGGGUGGUGGCCCCCUUCUCAAAGGACCUCGAGAGAAUGAAAUGAACAAGGAGAUGGGUUUGGAAAGCUGCAGGCUGCUGGCUCCAAAUUCCCAAGGCCAAGGAUCUCUGUGUUUUGUCUUGACAUAGCCUGUUAUGUGCAAUAAGCACACCUGCAAGUCAAAGAAAACCUAAGUUACAGGGACAUAAAGAGAAGUUUGCUUUUCUGCAGAACAUGAAUUCUGGGGCUAGGUGGUGAAUGGUGUUGGUCUAAGAAGUCACAUCUUUGUGAUGUCUCUGACUUUUCCUGCAUUCCCUGUUCCUUCCUGGUGACAAAAUAGCUGCUGUACCUCCAAAAAUCACAUCUGUGUUCAAGGAAGAGUAGGGGAGAGGCUCAGUCAACUCGACCUGUCAACUUCUAUCAUAAAAUCAAACCUUUUUUUCCCCCAGGGGGCUGUUUUCAGCUCUCUCCUCCUGUAUAUUUCCUUCACCCAAACCAGCUACUGUUGCCACCCUUAGCUGCAAAAACUAAGAUAGCAAGGGAGAGAUUUGUCCCAAUUGAGUAGACCACUCAUAUCCCGUUUCCUGGGACAAGAACAUUGCCUCCUCAAAAAAUAUUCUUACCAUCAAGAGAGAAGUGAAGAAUGGUGUAUCAGUUAGGCCUUGCCAUGUAACAACCCAUCCCCAAAGUUAGCAAUGAAAAGCAAGUCAUUAUUUGCCAUAAUUUUGUGAAUUGGCUGUUGGGCUGGGCUCAUCUAGACAGUUCUACUGACCUCACCUAGGGUGACUCACAGGGCUGCAAGCCAACAGCAGUCACCUCAGGUGGGGCUGGGUAGUUUAGGGUUGUCUUACUCAUCUGGCUGUUGACUGGCUGUUGGCUGGGCCUCCAAAGCUCCCCAGCAGGCGAACACUCCUGAGCAGGUUAUUCAUAAGCUUCUAAGACAGUGAGAGUAAAAACUGCAAGGCUUUUUGUGUCCCAGAUCCAGAAUUGGUCCAUCACUUCUGCUAAGUUCUUUUGGUCACAGCCAGUUAUCAGGCUGACCCAGAUUCAAGAGGUAGGGAAACAUACUAUUUCUCUUAGAGAAACGGCCCAAGAAUUUGUGGCAUUUUUCAUCCGUCACAGAUAGUUUGGGAUAAGCAAAUAACAGUGUUAGUUUCGGUUUC